AUGGACGUCGUCCUCGAGGUCUUCGACACCUUCCUCUUCGAUCGCAUGUACGCGAAUGUUCUCCCUAUACAUCGCUCAGCAUCCUCCUUCGACCCUGUCUCGACAAUCGCCGCCAAUGCCACUCAAGCUGUCUUUGCGCGAUCAGCAUGGCAAUUCGAGCCAGCAAGCGCCUACUUCUCUGUACAACCCAGCGAGUACGCAUACAUGAGCCGCUGGGACCGAGAUAACAUCUACCGCCAGUUUGUGAGCUUAUACAUUCUCACAUGGAUCUUCGGUCUCUUCAUAUACUUCUUCUGCGCGACGCUGAGCUAUAUCUUCGUAUUCGACAAGACCACUUUCCAGCAUCCCAAAUACCUCAAAAACCAGAUGCGCAUGGAAAUCCGACAGACUAUGGAGUCCAUCCCGAUCAUGGCUAUCUUUACCGUGCCUUUCUUCCUUGCUGAGGUGAGAGGAUACUCCUUCAUCUAUGACAGCGUCAGCAACCCCGGUUUCUCGCACCCACUGCUCGAAUCUCUCGGCGCCUGGUACAACUGGCUGCAGUUCCCGCUCUUCCUCAUGUUCACCGACUUCUGCAUCUACUGGAUCCACCGUGGUCUGCACCACCCACUCGUAUACAAGCGCCUCCACAAGCCACACCAUAAGUGGAUCAUGCCAACCCCAUACGCCUCGCACGCUUUCCACCCUCUCGAUGGCUACAGCCAGAGCGUGCCAUACCACCUAUUCCCCUUCAUCUUCCCGCUCCAGAAAUUCGCAUACAUCGCACUCUUCACCUUCAUCCAAAUCUGGACCGUCAUGAUUCACGAUGGAGAAUACGUGGCCAACUCGCCCAUCAUCAACGGUGCCGCAUGCCACACAAUGCACCAUCUGUACUUCAACUACAACUACGGCCAAUUCACCACCCUAUGGGACCGCCUCGGCGGCAGCUACCGAAAGCCGAAUGAGGAGCUGUUUAAAAGGGAGGAGAAGAUGAGCGAAGAGGAGUGGAAGAGACAGACGAAAGAGAUGGAGAAGAUGGUCGCAGAGGUCGAAGGCGUGGACGACCGAAGUUACGGACCUCCUGAAGCCAUUAAGAAGAUUCAGUGA